UCGGGACCUUCGGUCUUGGAGCAUGGCGCCGUGAAUUUAAACACAGCUUCAAACGCUAACGCUACAUCAGAUGUUAAGUUAGAGUAUCCACCACUGGACCAAAUUCUUUCAAGAGAAGCCAACGACAAUCCUUACACAAAUGUUCAAACAAAUGCUUCAGAUAACGUAGACCAUUACCUUCUUCAGUUAUACCAAACAAUUUUACUCAAAGACGAUAAGAAGCUUUUGACAAAUCUUAUAAGCAAGAACCAAAUAAUUCUAACAAAGGAGGACCUUGAAAAUGUUAUCUCACGAAUAACAGGGAAACAAUGUGUCAUUGACUAUCUCGACCCUGAAAUCGAAUGCUGUGGUCAAACUCCACUAUUCAUGAAAAUAGGUAACAUCCGCAUCAUUGAAACACCAGGAACUACAGGAGUUGAGUUUAAGUAUAAAUAUUCAAACGAGUAUACAAAACUUUCAACAGAAUAUAAACUUUGUUUGAAAUAUGUUUUAGUAAAUUAA